UCUCUUUGUUUGACACUGACGGAGUACUCAGAAUGCACUCGGCAGUUUUGUAAUAUUUUGGAGUGGUAUCUAUCAUUUUGUAUUCUUUUGCAAUUCUAUGCCUAAUAAUGUUAGCGAAUAAAGUUCCUAGUUUGUAUACAUAUUAGAUUUAGGUACGUGAGUGCUAUGUACUUUACAUCUUAAUCAAUUUAUUUUCAGUUUUUUCGCCAGAGGCAUUUAAAGUGCAUCCUUUGGUGAAUUUUACAAAUAGCAGCAUAAACAAGAAAAUAUGGGGAUAAUACAAUCCGUGUUCUGUUCUUUAACAUUUUGUGUGGAAAGAGUUCUCACAUGGACCUGCUGCGCUUUCCUGCUGAUGUUACUGAUGUUCUGCAUCAUCAUGCUGAUGGUGUACGGCAUUUCGGUGGGAUACCAUUACGCUCAGAAAGAACUCGCCUCGUUUGCUAUGUCAUCGAGAUCGACGACGGAGCCGUCGCUGUUGAUGCGAGCGGGGCCCGAGAACAGACCAGUGGUACGACUGCUCGCGGUCAACAGGUCGGAAGUCGAACACCCGCCGCAUCCACUUCUCGAGGUAUACCAAACCAGAAAGCCAGGAGAGCAGCUUUAUAUAGAGCCGACGGAAACGCCUAUUGUUUUGCUUGAAACAGAAAGGCCGCCCAAGGAGCCCGAGUUGUCUCCGCACGAGCGGGAGCUGGCGCGCAGACUGAUCGGUCGCUUCCGUCGCUCGCGCAGCAACUCCUCGACGCCUGUGCCCUUCCUCAGGCCCCUAAGGCCCGCUAACUACACACACGCCAGAGCUAUACCUUUCACAUGAAUAACCGCAGAGCUCUAAUUUUGCGAUAAUAAAUUGGCCAAGUUCUCUUUAAAUUGGGACAUUUGGGUAACUUGACUAAGAUCAAUCUGUAUAAUCAAGUAGGUGCGAUAGAUAAUAGCCUAUUGUAUUUUGUAAAAUGUUUAUUAUUUAAUGAUUGUACACUGGUGUUUGUCUUUAUAAAUUAGUAAAGUCUUUACGUUAUUUAGAA